AUGGAACAAAAGGAUGACAAUGAGAUUGAGACGCUCAUGCCACGUACCAAAGCUGCUCAUGACCGUGCAAAGAUCGAUAAAGCCAAGUUGAAGCAGUUCAUGGCCAUACAAAAGAUGCCGCAGAAUAAUGUUGCAGUCCAUACAAGUGUCAUGGUGCGUGGUGAUGUACGCAGAGACGCGGAAGGAUUUGAGGAUAUUGAUGACUUUUGGGUCGAUGAAGAAUCGAUACAAGACGAUUCAGUAGACGACGAUGACGAUGAUUCGCUGACGGUGUCGGAUAAGGAGUCAGCGGACACGUCUGGGGACGUUUCAGAGCCGAGCGAGCAUGAGGUAGAACUGCCAGAUAUUGGCAGUCUUUCUUAUAGCGAUCGCGAGAGCAUGGAUGUCGAGGCGGGACCUAUCCCAUCUUGGACGCAGAGCAGCAGCAAUGACAGAGUGGAGAAGGAGAAGGAAAAGAAGAAGAAGGACACCUCACUAUCACCAAUGCGAAGUGAUAUUUCCUUUGAUUUUGGCGGUUCACCUCAUGGAUCUGUGGACUUGAAUGACAACAAGAACGUUACAAUGCGUAAACGACGCAGCACAAAGUCGACUGGAAAGGAUACUGAGAAGGAAAAGUCAAAGGAUCGCCGACGAGAAUCGUUUGGUAAACAGGGCUUUGACGACGAAACUAUUAGUCCAUUCUCUAUGAAUGAUGGCCCGGUUACUCCACUGUCGAAUGCGAGCGAUCGUACAUUAGAAAAGCCGAUACCGUCAUUUUCUGACAAAAACUCUCUUUCACCGAACAUUAGCAAAGAACUGUUCAAGAAUGGUGGAUAUGGUAGCGAUGCCAGUGAUAAGAAGUCUAAUAAGAAGCAACAACCGAAAAAAAGCAAAUACGGCUACCGAACAACUCCGCCCGCAACAGAUACGUCAAUUCAGUCUGUACAAACGGACGAUGAUAAUGACGAAUCUUUCGAAGCGCAGAACGAUUCAGGUGGUGAGACAGGAGAUGAUAGUUUCUACAACGAGCCAGAAGCGCCUAGUGGCCCGGUUCGAGACCGGCUUCCUGACGCGUCAAAGAUUUUGGACGACGAUGGAAAUGACGACGCGUGGGAUGGCAGCGGAUUGCGUCGAUCGAAACGAAGGCGUUUCAAACCGCUUGCUUGGUUCAAAAGUGAGCAUAUGGUGUACGAGCGGACGUUUGUUGGUGUGGGCACGGUGAUGCCUACGGUAGUUGGCGUAGAGCGCCUUGGCCAUGACUCUCCAGCGUAUAAACGUACAAAAGCCAAGCCUCCGUCAAAGAAGACCAACAAUAGCAGAGCGUUGGCUUUCAAAAAUCUUCCAAAGGACGUGCAAAAGAGGAUCGUGGACAGUGAGUGGGCAACACUCUACGACAGCCAAGCAGGCUGCAUGAACGAUCUGAACAUCAUUUGCCGCUCUAGCGAAAUCCGUCUACGCAAACUUCCAACGGAAGAGAGGGGUGGCGCUGUGGUACACGCGUACGCGGGGCAGAGUUUCAACCUGUUUAGCCCGUCUCCAUUUGCUCGCUGGAUCUCUGGGCGUGUCGUUUUACCUCCCGGUGCGUGGAAAGAACCGGAGGGUGUUGGUCAAGCGGUGCAGUUGUUUUAUGUUACAGGAUGCCAGCCCAAGGCACUGGAACUGGCAGUGGCGCCUGAGACGGACGACGACUUUUUCACUAGCAAGCACACGACACACUUUUUGCUUAGUCCAGGUGAUGAGUUUUAUGUGCCGACCGGUAACGUGUACUAUGUAAAAAAUCACUCAAGCUCGGCGGAUUGCGAUUUGCGAUUCACAAUCUUGAAGCCCGAAGCCUUGCAGAUGCCUAUGGAUGACAACGAGGACGCAGAAAAGAAGAAAGAGCCGACGAUUACGUCCGAGCCGAAAGCUGUCGAAGCAACAACGAGUCCGCCCAAGCGCAAGCGAGAAGAAGACAUGAGUGCAGAAGUUGUUGACGUGUUUGUUCAGUGGCGUAAUCGAUACGUUAUUAUCAAGCCAGGAAAUAUGACAAUACGUCGUCGACGAGAGGGAUCAAUUAAGGCCAAGGUUGACUUGCUCGAUCCCAACAUUAAGCUCACGUUUCUGGGUGGACAGUCACUGCUUACAAUUUCCAUGCACGGUCACGAUAUUGUGUUUGACCUUCGCUCGACUGUCACGCGGGACGAGUGGAUUAGUUCUAUAGUAAGUGCUCAGGGGCGUCCAGGUUCAGGUUCACAAAUGGAAUGUGAUGAGAAUGACACGGAGCUUGUUUCCGACGACGAAACAGAAAAUGAAGGACACCAGCGAAGCUCAAUGAUCAGCACGGGAUCUGAUAAGAGCGAUGCGAUGGAUGAAGACAGCGAAGAAUAUAACGACGCUCUGCUUGCGUUGCAAAGUGUGCGCGAUUCUGUAAUGCAGUGUCAACUCUCGAUGGGGGCAGCCGAAAUCGAUACUAUUGGUUGCCCUGAUGACGAUGCUGCGACGCCUGUAUUCACGAAGGCUGCUCCAUUACUUCGACGAAUACAGAGUGCGCAGCGUAGUGAAGAGGAACUACGACAAAAGCGACUCCGAGCUCUAUUGGCGAUGAUUGAGAACACACCGCAUGGCGGGCGUGUUGCACUGUUGCAUCUUGGUGUGGCGGCGUCUGUCGGUAUUACUGUCGGUGAUAUGCUGCUGGCACUUGGAGAGAAACAAAGAAACAUUUCACGUCAAGGGUCAGUAUCUCCACGUACUUUGAGUAUGCAAAAGCAUAACGUAGCGGCAUUUGUUCGUGAUAUUCUAUUCCACCCCAUUUACUCUAAACGCAAGGAGGUCAAUACUGACAUUGUACAGGGCCUCAUCGACUUAUUCUUUCCACAUUGCCGCUCGACGCGGCUAAGUGAUGACACGUACUGGCCGAAUGCUGAACCAAUGCAGCCAUCUUCUGGAAACAAUGUAUACAGAACCACAGCAAAAAGUGAAAAUGAUGCUGAUGUUGCGACGUCGAGAAAUGGUGCACCUGCAACCGGCAACGUAACACCAUCGACGGCAGCAGUACGACAAAGGAGAAAAAGACGCAACCAUUCGUUUCCAAACUUGAGUGGAAUAAGUCAACUUGUAAAAAACACAGGGCUGCUACAGAUUUCAACCGAUGACAAUGAUCGAUUCAUUACGUCGAAAAGGCGUGAAGAAGGAAGUCAUCGACUGCGUGACAACAUUUCCGUUCUCUUUGCUCCGAUGUCACCGGUUUCAAACCGAAAAUGUCCCGACGGAGGAAAAGAUGGUGGACUUCCUGGUGUGAAUGCGAGUACAGAAUUCAACACCAAUUCAUCCGAGGAACUUGAUGUAGUUUGUGAAGCUGUCCCGCUUCCAGUUCCAUUACGAAGUAUGCUUUGUGAGAUGUCAUGUUUCGAGAUGGCUGAACAGCUUACGCUUUUUCAUUACUCACAGUUGACAAAUGUACAUCCUUGGAAAUUUCUGCAUAAUCCUAAAGAAGCUGCCAAGGAGCUGACAGAUCAUUUUAAUCGGUUGGUCGCAUUUUUUGUGUGGUCCGUGCUGGUAGAAGAAUCUCCAAAAGAGCGCGCCGAGGUCAUCGAAGAUAUUAUUGCAAUUGCUAUGGCCGCAAGCGCUCCGCCUCUCAAUAAUUUCCACUUGGUCAUGGCUUGCGUAGGGUGCCUUGGUGACAUCCCAUUAAUGUCUUCACGAAUGCCAACAACGUGGAAGAAGGUCCGUGCCAAGUAUAAGACACGACUUGGUGAGCUGCGACAACUCUGUGAUCACACUGGCGGUUUUGAGAACCUGCGACGCAAGCAAAGUGUUGAGAGUGCUCGGGUCAUGCUAUCGAACGACGAACCGAACACGUCAGCCAUUCCUUUCAUUGGUGUCAUUGGUGUCAUGCUUGAACGGUUGCGCUCAACGAGCUACUUUACUGUCAAAAAAAUGCUUGAUCUUGAAAAACUCGAGCGGCAAUAUAUGGUGCUCAUUGUUUUGGAAAAUGCACUUCUUAAACCCGCUCCAAAACCUUGCCAACGUGGAAGUACAUCACACACUGAGACCGCAGCUGAAAUGACCCUUCGUUUGCAGCAUUUCUUCCGGACUCUUAGUAUGGAUUUUUCCACGUCUCGACUACAUCAACUGCGAUCACAGCAAAUUCUGGCCAGUGAAACGAGUCCAGUAGGCUCAUCAUCAGCUUCAUUUAUACAAGGGGCAACUGUGAAUUGGAGUAACAGAGGAGGAAAUGUAUCUACAGCCAAUCUGCCAGCCAGCAGAUUGAAUCCAUACGGACCAGUUGGUCCUAGCGAUGACUCUGGAUUGCCAUUCGUGUCGUUUCGAGAUAUCUGCAUUCUGUUGGUAUCCGUGCCUGAUUAUCGCGAACGGAUGCAAAUGGCACUUGAGGCUUUGUUCGUUGAUGGCCGUCAGCCAGCUACGCAGUUCUUGCGCAAGUUUUGGCUCGAUUUCAAGCAGAAUGUAUGGAUAUCGGGUAUUGGCCCCACGCUCCACAGUCUGAGGCUAUGUGUAUCUACCUUGUAUGAAGAAAUCAUGACGCACAAGAUUAGCGAAAUCAUGCAGAUCAGCGGAUUGAAUGAGCAUUCGGACGAUCUGCACGCUAUGAUAUACGCGAAGAUCGUGGUUUUGACCGUACAACCCCUUUAUUUAAAAAUCGUGUCGAAAAUCAAGCGCAACUACAUGAAGGACGACGUUAAUGCAGCAGCACGAUUACAGCAUAGCACACCUCAGAUUGUAACUGAUACGAGCAAACCGACGAUGCCGUGGAGCAGCUGCAGUUGCAGCUCUCCCGUGGAGUUGCUGGAUCUUGUUUUUCAGUUAGUCACGCUGCCAUGUGCUAGCACCACCAGUGCCGCUGCGGCUGCAACCGACCACCAACUGGCCGCAGUUGAAUUGCUUGGAGCACUGCAGCACGAAGCCCGCCACACAUUUCUUGCCACGAAUCCUGUGAGCAGUUUGUACCUAAUGAAACAGAUCCUGGAUCCAAAGUACCUGCCUCUUGCCAAGCAGCAAGCGCUCGAAGUCUUUAUCACUGCAGUGACAUGGCUGCGAAAGGAGCAGCAACAGUCCUCGGACAAACCCGUAUAG